GGGCUAUAGUUCAGCAAAUGCUUCUUUAUCUGUCAACGGUCACAGUGGACGUAGCAGUUUUACUCGUGCUAUAGGCUAUUCUUUGAAAAUAAUUCAACUAGCACGCAGUCACAAUAUAUUACUAAGUAAUGUGGCCUGGAAUCUUAAUAUUGAAGAGCCAACUUCUUGACAAGGAAGUACAAGAAUUUAAGUCGAAAAUAUUUUGUUACGGGUGCUGGAUAUUUUAGACAUUUAAAUUUAUCAAUUUGUAUCACUUUUAAACUUUAAAAAAAAAUAGAAAACCACGAAAUCCUCUAUGGAUUCUUUAGUUAUGUCGAAAAUCAGCUGCAAGUGGUCCUACUACAAGGAAUAAGACGUCUGUCCAUGUUUCAAUAAUCACGUUUGAAGAAACUUCAGAUGAAGGAUAUUUCAGAUGAAGAAUACCGACUUUAAAAUUCCGAUCACGUCGAAGCUUUACCACAUCGACAGCGACAUCUCAUGUAAUCAAGUCCGUUCAAAGCUGUACUAUUUUUCUCAACACCGGUCCUAUGGUAUGCCUUAUUUAGAGGUGACCAGGACAGUCCAAGGAGACUGGGAUUCGUGUGCUAGGCUGUUCUUGCACUCUGUGGUUAAAUGGUGUUGAUAAUGGACGACGGAGACGGAGGAGGAUCUUCUUCUGUCAAACUUAACCAAGUUCAGCCAGAAAGUAACAUCAAGGCGGGGGCCGAGGAGCAUGACGAGUAUUUGGGAUCUUGUGACGCUGGAUAUGACGACGACGACGACGACGACUAUGAUGAUGUCUAUCAGGAAUUUGAGGAGUAUGAAGACUUCUCCGAGUUACCGGAUGGCAGGAGUAUCGCUUCGGACGACUCUUUCUAUCCGCCUGAUGACAACUUAGCCUUCGUUAGAUCUCCGAGUCCGGAGAGUCCGGCACCUCUUACCUUUUUCCAAGCGUGUUGUAACAAUAACGCCAUAAUCGUCAAAAUCAUGAUACGACAAGGAGUGACUGAGGAAGAAGUCAAAGAGACAGAUAAAAACAAAAGGACGGGACUCAUCGUGGCCUGUUACCAAGGUUACGUGGACGUGGUCAUCGCCCUGGCUCAAUGCCCAUAUGUGGACAUAAACUGGCAGGACAACGAAGGGAACACAGCCCUCAUCACCGCUGCCCAAGCAGGACACGCCAUGAUCACCGGCUACCUGCUGAGCUACUUCCCGGGCCUGGACAUCGAGCGGCGCAACUGCCACGGCUUCACCGCCUUGAUGAAGGCCGCCAUGCAGGGGAGAUCGGCCUGCGUGCGCGCCCUGAUGCUGACAGGCGGAGACGCGGACGCGCGGGACUACGGGCGCAAGCUGACCUCGCGGGAGUGGGCGCAGUUCACGGGCCGGCACGAGACGGCCCGCCUGAUGCUGCGCCUGCUGGCCCAGCCGUGCGCCGAGCAGUUCUGCGACUCCUACCGGCCCGUCUGGCCGCCGCUGGCCCGCCUGGUGGCCGAGGCCCGCGAGCCGCGCGGCUGCGGCAGGAAGCUGUCGGAGAAGCUGUGCGGCGCCUUCUCCUUCACCCUCAGCCUGAAGACGGACCCGCAGGAGGACGGCGUGCUGGACCACAUGGUGCGCAUGACCACCGGGCUGGCCAGCCCCUUCGUGGCGGUGGCCUGCCGGACCGUGUGCCCCGGCAGCCCCCCCUGCGUGGGCAAGCGGCGGCCCGCCGUGCAGGAGAUCCUGCGGCGCCAGCGGGUGGAGCAGCUGAGGAGCGCCGGCGGCGAGCGUCUGGACGCCUACAAGCGGCUCUUCCAGAACUCCCGCGUGAUGCUGGUCCCCCGGCGGCGCGACCGGCGGGCCAGCCUGCAGCCGCAGGCCCUGCGGGAGGCGGCGGAGGCGGCGGCGGCUGCGGCCGCUGGCACGGCGCUGGCCCUACGGCGGAGCAGCUUGCUGCCGCUGCACAUGCUCCGGCGAAGCAGCGUGCGGCCCGGUGCAGUGGUGCCCAAGCUGCGCGUUUGCAAGGCCCCCCCGUCCACCUACCAGCCCGACAAGCCCGCCCGCAGGAAGAGCGGCGCCAAGGAGGCCUGCUUCCUCCAGGUCCCCAAGUGGAGGUACAAGGAGCUGAGGGACGAGAGGAGGAAGGCAGAGGAAGAGGAGAGGAAGAACCUGGAGAUGUUCUACAGGAGGAAGAGGUGAGGGCACACAGAGCCGGACACGCACGGGGAAACAGGAAGUGCACAGGGGACAGGAAGGGAUAAUCCCAUCAGCCUUUAGCGGUCUAUGAGAAACAGGAAGUGGUAGUAUUGGCAGCGUCCACCAAUGCUGAGGAAACAGGGGGAAAAAACAGGCUCAACAGUAUUCAGCUGUGUAAGGGAAAUGGGAAGUGGUGACCUCAGCAGCUCUCGGCUAUGCACAGGAAACGGAGCGGGAUUAUCCCAUCGGCUGAUGGCCAUGUGCAACAAAGUGGAUGCGACAACCCCCUGAGCUUGUGCAGGGACUGUGAAAGCUGCCGAGCUGAGCCAUGGCUUUCUGCAAGAAUUUCAUGCAUUUAAUAUUUGAUAGGAAUUUAUUUUGCACAGGUAAUAGAGUGGAAAGAGACACAAGACGGUAAGAGUAGCAUCAGACACAAAAAGUCCAGAAACCAGAAACUUGAAAUUUUCAUUGAUAUAUGGACAUACUGAUUUACAUUUGCUUGUUUUCAGGUAGGUCUGUUGCACUACAUGACCAUUUGACCUGAUUUGCAUUUGACUGAAACAGGAUUUGAACUGUAAAGUGCAGCAUUAUCAUUUUUUGCACAAGCUAUUUCGUGGACACUGCAAUAUGAAUUUGCCCUUGGUUUAUUUAUUUAUUUUGGUAAUGUGUAGCCUGCUUCAUUGAAAGAUGAUAUAUUGCAAAUUUCAACUCUUGAUAGCCUUUACUUGGCCAUGACUGUUAUUAAUGAAAGUUCAGGGUAUUUUACAAAGCUGAUUUGUUUGAUAUUAUUGUACCAGUAUUACACACUGUGCAUAUUUAUCACACAGACUGAAAGCUGAAUGUAAGCCAAUAUUGUGUUUACUUAAUAAGAUCAGUUCUCAGAGCUAACGUGAUUUGGUCACUGAGGUCUUGCACUGGACAGUAAUGUGAUGAUUUUACAGGGAUGCUUAGCGACUGAGUCACAGCCAGUGGAGGAAUAUUAAUGAAAAUCUUCCUGGGUUUGCGAUGUCCUGAAAUGCAACAUGGUGUCCAGUGAGCAAUAUAAAACAAAACAAAGCACAAAUCUGUGUGAUUUCAAGAUAAAAAAGUUAGAAAGACUAAAAAAAACAAAAACAUUAUCAGUUCCAUCCAUAGCAAUUUGAUGAAUGUAUCUUAAAGCACUUCAAUUAAUCAAGGUUUCCAAAAUAAAAAUUUUAUAUUUUAUAUUAUAUUGUGCUUCCUUGCUUUCUGAACUGUUUACGUACAGAGAGUCUAGCUGUGUCAACGCAGACACCAGCAAUUCCAUCACUGUUAACGUUACUUUAUGAAAUAUUUCUGAUAUUCGGCAGAGUCUGUGCACCAGUAAUAAUGCAGCAGCCGUAAAUAAGCCCAGUGCACAGCUCCGGUCGUGGCAGGCUUCCGCCGUUUAACUUCACGCAGUAUUUAUGGAGAGCAAAGCGCAGAAUGUUUUACAUGCAGAUGAAGAGGCCUCUAAAAGAUGAAGGCGAGACCAGCGCUCCGGACUGAAUGAGCUGUGACUCUAAUUUACAGCCGGUCCCCCGCCUCUCUACGGGGUUCCGCGCGAGCACCGGUCUUCAGGGGGGAACCCAGCUAUGGGUUACCGUCCGGGAGGCAAACCUGAAAUGUCUGGCACAGACCUCUGAAUGCGACGCAUUGCACUCGAGAGCGUUCCUCCCCGAGAUGGAAAUCAGAGAGAAAGGAGAACACUGCCAUCCACAGAGGAACAGCAGCGCUGGGUCGAUGUUCGUUUUUUGGAAGACUAUCCACAGGGUUGUCAUUUUGAUAUAAAAACCCUGCUGUGGCUUUUAAAAAUAAAGACGCUGGCAUGUCAUGAAAAAAACAAAAAUAAAACACUUGAGAAGACCUAACAAAUGAUGUGUUCGGAAAUAUUAAACCUAACCGUCGACCGAGCAUAGGCACUGAAACGAUCAGAUUUGGGACCGCAUAGUUUCACAUCUGACCUCAUACAGGAUGACUGAAGGUGGUGUGGAAAAGCUGCUAGUGAAACACAUCAUUUGCCUCCUCUUUGAAUAAAAACUGAAUUGCACAUACUCUACAUCAGGGACCUUGAGCAGCACAUAACUAAAUCAAUAUGCAAAUAACGGGGGAUGGUUUCCCUUUAGAACAGCUGAGGUUUGCAAUAGGUAGACAGUGGAGACUCACUGAUCUUUACAGUAUGUGUAUAGGCUGCUACAGCAAGCGUGGUAGGUCCAUCCAGGUGAUUUAAACAUCAGUUCCGCAUGAAUUACAACACUUAUCUUACCCUUAUGCCUCUCCAGCAACACUGAGGUCUACUUAUGCACUACAAAACCAGAUUCACAUGUAUAUCAAAGAAGCCCAUUCAGUCUCACGGCAGCUCACAGAGUCCUCAUGCAGGCUGCUUAAACACCGACUGGAGUCAAUCACCACUCGUCCUUAACUCUGACUUUCAAAUAAACGUUCAAAUCCUCAACGCAGUUUGGCAGGUUCAAGGAUCGCUGAAAUUAACAUUAUAAAUGGUGCGUGAAUUCAAAAAAAAAUGAAAAAGAUUUGACACUAGAAAAAACUAAAAAGGCAAUUGUAAACCUAGGACAAGGGAAAAACUCCCUAGACUCCAUAGAGGAAGAAGC